AUGCAGAACGAGGAGCUUGCUGAAACACUCAGAACAGGCAUCAACGUCAACCUCAAGAUCCAAAGGAACAAACUUCGGCAAACUCAAAGGCAGAUACGCGUAGCGACCUUGAAAUUCAAGUACCAAAUUGAGCAGCACGGGAAAUCCACCUGUCGCCCGUUUUGCGAAGCUAUGCAUGCAGCACUGCCAAGGGAGCUUCGCGAUAUGAUAUACGAAGGCUUCAUCGAGGAGCACAACGCUACAUUCUAUCACAGUGGGGAUGGAACAACUCUCUACGCGAAUGGACGGUCUGCGUUGCAACACUGCUUUGAUCCGGCGUACACUGGAUACGGUAUGCAUCAAGACAUGAUAGAGGGACUUGGUCGUAAGGAUUCGCGCUUCGACUUUCGCGGUCGCCAUAAGAUGGUCGGCGAGACCUUUUUUCAGUACACCCACCACUUCGGUUUCGACCUGACUUCUAUCAUCAGGAGCAUUGGUGUCAUGGUCAACUCAGCCAACAUGAAGGAACGUGAGGACAUGUUCCUGUACCUGAAGGCGUUGUUCAAUCUCAGGAAAGGCACUGUGGUAACCAUCUUCAUUGAGAGCGGCGGCAGCAAUAAGAUACAGGUCACCCGCAGUUUCCGCCAAAUCCUGCGAGUCAUCUUCCCAUUCCUCAAUGAACUGCGUGAUGCAGAGUACAAGCUCAAUAUCGUUCUGAAUCCCGGAUACGUACCCUCAGCAGUCAAGAACGGGUCGGGAACCGCCUUCUCUAUUGUUCCAACCCAGAAGUUCCGUUAUCUGUUCACCCCAGACAAUGCUAAGUUCACACCUGAGGGUUUUGAGGAGAAGCUGCAGGAGUACUUCUCUAUGUACAAAGGAGGCUGGUAUCAGAGAAUCGUGCCUGAUAAGCCAGAGCUGAGUGAGGAUAGUGAUAGUUGGUAG